AUGUAUAGCAUGAUGAUGGAAACGGACCUCCACUCCCCUGGUCCCCAAACGAACACAAAUUCGGGGCAAACGGGGAACAACGCGGGAAGCAAAAGUAACCAAGAGCGCGUCAAGAGACCCAUGAACGCGUUUAUGGUCUGGUCCCGGGGCCAACGACGCAAGAUGGCCCAGGAAAAUCCCAAAAUGCACAACUCUGAGAUCAGCAAAAGACUGGGGGCAGAGUGGAAAUUGAUGUCAGAGGCAGAGAAACGGCCCUUCAUCGACGAAGCGAAGCGGUUACGAGCCAUGCACAUGAAAGAGCACCCGGAUUACAAGUACAGACCCAGGCGGAAGACCAAAACGCUGCUCAAAAAGGACAAGUACUCUUUGGCUGGGGGUCUGCUCGGCGGAGCCAGCGCCGGAGGAGGCGUGGGUCUCGGCGUGGGGAUGAAUUCUGCAGGUGUCGGGCAGAGGCUGGAGAGCCCUGGGGGCCAUGGAGGCAGUGCCAGCGCCGGAUAUGCCCACAUGAACGGCUGGGCAAACGGUGCGUACUCAGGACAGGUGGCAGCUGCUGCGGCCGCUGCUGCUAUGAUGCAGGAGGCUCAGCUAGCCUACAGCCAGCACCCCGGCUCCGGAGCACACCAUCACCAUGCCCACCACCACCACCCGCACAACCCGCAGCCCAUGCACCGCUACGACAUGACUACCCUGCAGUACAGUCCCAUCUCGAACUCCCAGAGCUACAUGAGUGCCUCCCCGUCCGGCUAUGGGGGCAUCUCUUACGCCCAGCACCAGAGCUCCAGCGUCGGAUCCCCCGCGUCUAUCGGUACGCUAGGAUCCCUGGUCAAGUCGGAGCCCAACGUAAGCCCCCCAGUCAGCACGCACUCCCGAGGCCCUUGUCCCGGUGACUUGAGAGAAAUGAUUAGCAUGUAUUUACCGACCGGGGAGUCUGGGGACCCGUCCGUUCAGAGCAGACUUCAUGCUUUGCCCCAGCACUACCAGAGUACAGCGACAGGAGUUAAUGGAACCGUCCCUCUGACACACAUUUAAAAAAAAGUAUUUCUUACACACCAGACAACUACAGAGACGCAUCCAGAAUCGCGUAACCAAAUAUUUACCUCUUUUCUUUUACUGGUCACACCGACCUCCCCAUUUUUUUGUACAGAAUGUUUAUGUUACUGUAAAUUUUAAAAAGUAGCCUAAAUAUUGUGGCAAUUGACUUCAAGAGAAAAAAUGAAAUGAGGAAAUGAAACGAGCAUAUGGCUUUUCUUUUGUGGAAUAUUGUUUGGAAAUUCUGUCCACACUUAAAUAAUUCGAGCUGUCAUGGCUUUGGUCAAUGUGAAGCUAUUGGGAGUAUAAUUUGCCCUAUGUUCAGUUCAGUGUUACUUUUCAAUAAUUUACUUUUUGUGCGAAAGAAGAAAAAAGACAUCCUAACCAGAAAAUAAAAUAGUGUAGGCCAUCCUUUAUGAAUAAUAAUGAGAAUUGUUUUUAAAAGUUUAUAUAAACUGCUUAUUUACCAAAACGUUUGUAAACGUGAAUUAAUGUCCUUGCGUUAUACCCUUUCUGCUGUAAUAUUUCAUGUAAAUUGUGAAUAACUUUUAAUAUUUUAAAAGGCUGGCACACAACUGCAGCUGUACAUAAUUUAUGAAAUGCAUUUUUGCCAGUUCAAAUCUUGACUUUGCGU